AAUGCCUACAAAAUUGAUCAAUUAAUUUGUAAAUCCGGUGAUAAUUGUCGCAUAAAUUUCUUAAAUCGCAAACAUUGCAAGAAAUGUCGGCUUAUAAAGUGUAUUUCAAUGGGAAUGAGAAAGGAAUGGAUUCUAAACGCAAAGGAAAAAGAGGAAAGGCAACAGAAAAUCAAGAAGAACCGUAUAAAACGGUGGGAACGGGAGGUUCAGAAAUCGCUUCAGUUGUACCAAAAGCGGGAUCCAUCACCAGAAAUCUCAUCCAUGUCCACAAACUCAGGACCAAACACUUGUGCCGCCACUAGUUAUAAAAAAGACAAUUGUAUUGAUGUAGACAGAGAUGAUAUACAUGGCUCAACCUACCAAUUGGCUGUGGAAUUUGAGUUUAAUAACAUACCCAGACCAAUUGAUGAUUAUUCUAGGUUAAAUGAUGUUGAAUGUAAUCUAUUGCGGGAA